GCAUUAGGUGUGCCGGUGACAAUAAAGUUGUAGCCUGUAAUCACAUGAUGGGAACACUCGCCGUCAACUGCGUUUGUCCAACUAACUACACUUGGACAGGGAGCAAGUGCGCGCUAACUCAUUGCGAAGCUGUGAACCAGUCAACAGCCAGUUACAUUGAGAGAAGUCCUGUUGGUCACAUUAUCACGGUGAAGUGUCGCAAUGGAUACAGCAACAAACUCGGACCAGUCACAGCUAAAUGUCGGCCCCAAGGAAAUUGGAGUGAACUUCCACAUUGUCAGGACAUCAACGAGUGUGAACUGGAAAAGAAAGUUUGUGUAGACAAUUGCAUCAACUACACACCCGGUUUUACCUGCACGUGUCUAAAUGGUACCUUUGGUUGCUUUGCGCAGAUAUCAGGACAAAUGUCAGAUGCUACACAAGGCAUCACUAUAGAAAUAUUCAUUGGAAGCUUGGCAGCAAGCAUGCUACUCGGUGCACUCAUUAUGUUCCUGUUCGCACAGUUUGUACAGCGAAAGCGUCGCUCAACACAACAGGACACUAACAGAACGGAGAUAGUUACCGAGAGUACAACACGUGCCACACCUAACAUGGCGUAUGAAGAUGCAGAGAUAUUGGAGAGAACGCUCACAAGCAGGGAAGCAUACGGAGUCGCGGGGACUGCAGACCCGAACAAUUAUGAGUUUGUAAGGCCUUGAAGCUUACAUGUAAGGGAGCUCAUUCCACUGUUCAACACUUUUGCUCUCAACAUUCACACGCCAUCGCAGUUUGUCACCGCACCACCCUCUGCUUCCUUGUGUUUAAUGAAACUGUUUUCACUUUAAUACAUCGCGUCGUCCAAACGUCUCACUGCCGGGAUUUCAUGCCACCAUAUUACUCGUAUUUCCUUGUGAGCUAAAUCAUGUAAACCGCGUGUGAAUUACUUGCAUAAUCUGGGCUUCGAAGGUUGCGAACCCAAACGUUCAGUGUGUCUUCGGAUGUGCAUAUAAUUGUACCCGGAAUAAUAUCCCGCUAGUUCGCUUUGUUUUUAAUUCAUCAUUGAACAGUUUGACCCCUCUUCCAGUGAAUUAUGACUGGUUCGAGCAUGAUAUGCCUACUCGAAAUCAAUUACCAUUGCCUGCUCUUCGUUUGUGCUAACUUCUUAACUCGCCUGUGUUUAUGGCAUUUUGGGCCUUGGGCUUGCCCUUUGCUGAGACACUUUUCGCUUUCAAGAACGCUCCUCGAAAAGUAAUGCUCUUUAACGCCCCAGUCUGUACCAAUAUGUAUCAUUCUUCUUCUUCUGUUUAACUCUUUUUGCAUUUAUGCUCUCGGUCCAUGUUUGAAUCGACCCUCACUUUCUUGUUUUGGCUCUUUUCAUUCUAAUCAUGCCUUUAAGUCCAGACUGUAGCUAAAUUUCAAAAAAUUUCCUUGCGAGUUUCCAGUACCUCCAUUUCCAUUUCAUACGU